ACGAAAGAUGAGUGACGGUGGCCGUGCGAAAGUGGUAGAAUUCUACCGGGGUACCACAGUACUCAUGACCGGUGCGAGUGGAUUCGUGGGACAAGUUUUGCUGGAGAAAAUCCUUCGCUGUUUGGACGUUAGCAAAGUGUAUCUGGUUAUCCGGGCGAAGAAGAAUUUGAGUGGCGAGGCUAGGCUGGAGCGCAUUCUGAGCAGCCCGUUGUUCGAUGGGGUUCGAAACGAUGCAUCGAUGUUGAAUAAAUUGCGCCGAAAAGUGAUACCGGUUGAACUAUGUUUGGACAGUGGUUUUAAUUUUGCGGAUGAAGAUUUGAAGUGUGCACUUCAAGAGCAAGUGGAAGUAGUGUUCAAUCUAUUAGCGUCGGUGAAUUUCAAGGAACCUCUGGACUGUGCACUGAAGACAAACGUUGACCGCACAGACCAGUUACUCGGUCUUGUUAAUGGAAUGAAGCGAUUAAAAAGUGUAGUUCACGUCUCGACAUUCUACUCGAAUUGUGACAAGAGUUUUAUAGGAGAGCGCAUCUAUGAUGACAUCGAUUUUGGUGGCUGCGAGAAUAUAAUGAAUAUUAUGUCCCAUUUGAGAGAACCAGAGAAGGAAACUUUAACAGAACACAUCGUUAAGAAUUUCCCGAACACUUACACCUUUAGCAAGAAGUGUGCCGAGGUAAUGAUACGAGAUAAGUAUCAAAACCUACCGAUAGGAGUUUUUCGACCACCCAUUGUAACUUCCACGUACCGUGAACCUGUUCCCGGCUGGAUCGACAACUUCAAUGGACCAUCGGGUAUGGUGGUCCCACUCUCCGAAGGUCUUUACAGUGUGGCCUUUGUGGAUGGGCGAAAACGUCCGUUUAUCGUCCCUGUCGAUUACUGUGUGAAUGCGUUGAUAACCUGUGCCAUGGAUGUGUACGCUAAUCAUCGUACGAGGAUGGGGAUUCCAGUGUACAAUUAUGUAAACACAGGGAAUAAUCCAACCUGGGGAACGAUCAUCGGGCGAUUUUGUGAAGGGCUCUCUCCAGCGAAGCGGUUUAUGGCCACCUACCUAACCGCCACCAUAACUCGUAACCCGCUGCGCUACGCUAUAUGCAAACGAACAAUGCUUCUUCAAGGACUCCUGCUGGACCUGGCGAGGCGAAUCGGUGGCAAACGUCCCAUCCUUGGGCCGAUGUUCGAGAAAAUGAUUAAUCUCAGCGAGGUGUUGCAAUUUUUCUGCAUCAACGAGUGGCGCACGGAGAAUGGAAACGUCCAGAGGAUGCGAGCGGAACAAAGCUCGACCGAGAGGAACAUCUUUCCGUUCGAUUUGGCCGAGGUGGAUUGGGACGAGUACUACCGCAACUUCGUUCCCGGAGUGAUGAAAUACGCCAUAGAACCACGCAAAGCGAGGGAUGUCCGCCGGCAAGAUUCGGAGAAUUGGAUUUUUUUGAUGUUCAAUUUUGUUAUUCUAACUCUGGUAAAUUUUAUCAAGCUUCUCUUCGGUCCGAAACGAAACUAAAAAAGUGUACGAAAACUUUAUACAUUAAAUGAAAAUUGACUUUGAA